AUGGCUUCUACUUCCUUACUCAAGUCGUUGAUUCGUGCACCCGUAUCACCGCGAUUCGGUAUCGGCCACCUUUCCGUCUUCCCCAGGAUCUACUCUUCUUCCACCGCUAAUGUCCAACCCCAAACCAACCUCGACAGUCUCAAUAUUGCGGGGGAUAUUACAGAGCUCAUAGGAAAAACGCCAAUGGUUUACUUGAAGAGUGUUACGAAAGGUUGCGUUGCUACUAUUGCUGCAAAGCUUGAGCUUAUGGAACCAUGCUGCAGUGUCAAAGACAGGAUCGGUUAUAGCAUGAUACUUGACGCUGAGAAGAAAGGACUCAUAACCCCCGGAAAGAGUACUUUGGUGGAACCUACCGGUGGAAAUACAGGAAUUGGUCUUGCCUAUAUAGCAGCUACUAAAGGAUAUAAACUCAUUUUGACAAUGCCUGUUUCGAUGAGUUUAGAGCGAAGAAUUCUUAUGAGAGCAUUUGGAGCUGAACUUGUUUUGACCGAAUAUUCCAAGGCUAUGACUGGAGCAGUUCGAAAAGCUGAAGAAAUUGUAAAAAAUACACCUAAUGCAUUCAUGCUUCAACAAUUUGACAAUCCUUCAAAUCCUAAAGUACAUUAUGAGAAUACUGGGCCAGAGAUAUGGGAAGAUACAAAAGGUAAAGUUGAUAUUUUAGUUUCAGCAAUUGGAACUGGUGGAACCCUUUCUGGAGCAGGUCGAUUUCUAAAAGAACAAAAUCCAAAUAUUAAGGUUAUUGGUGUAGAGCCUCUAGAAAGCAACAUACUUAGCGGUGGACAACCAAGACCUCACAUAAUUCAGGGUAUUGGGGCUGGUUUUGUGCCCAAGAAUUUGGAUAAAAAAAUCAUGGAUGAAAUUAUAGCGAUAUCAGGUGAAGAAUCUGUCAAAACUGCAAAGACAAUAGCACUCCAGGAAGGCUUGUUGGUGGGAAUUUCUUCAGGUUGUGCUGCUACAGCUGCAUUGCAGGUUGCAAAGAGGCCUGAAAAUGAGGGAAAACUUAUUGUGGUUGUAUUUCCAAGUUUCGGUGAAAGAUAUUUAUCGACUUCUCUUUUUCAAGAAGUACGAGAAGAAUGUGAGAAGAUGGAAGCAGUGCCAUGA